AUGCUGUUCAUCUUUGAUGGUUUUGAUGAGAGUCGACUUCAGUUGAAUAUUCCUGAGAAGCUGUGUGAUGUGACCAAAACAUCAUCAGUGAACACACUGAUAUCAAACCUCAUCAAAGGAAAUAUUCUUCCCUCUGCACUCAUCUGGAUAACCUCCAGACCAGCAGCAGCCAAUCAGAUCCCCUCUCAGUUCAUCAGUCGUGUGACAGAAGUCCAAGGAUUCAGUGAUUCACAGAAAGAGGAAUACUUCAGAAAAAGAGUCAGUGAUGAGAGUCAAGCCAACAGAAUCAUCUCACACAUCAAGGCAUCAGUGAGUCUCCACAUCAUGUGUCACAUCCCAGUGUUCUGUUGGAUUUCAGCAACUGUGCUUCAGGAAAUGCUGCAUCGAGACAAUGUUAAAGAGAUCCCUAAAACUCUGACUGAGAUGUACACACACUUCCUGCUCAUUCAGACUAAAAUGAAGAAGCAGAAAUAUGAGGAGAGAGUUGAGACAGACUCAAAGAAUCUUCUGGAAUCAAGCAAGGAGAUCUUUCUGAAACUUGCUACACUGGCUUUUAAUCAGUUGCUGAGGGGCAAUGUCAUGUUUUAUGAAGAGGAUCUGAGAGAAUGUGGCAUUGAUGUGAGUGAGGCCACAGUGUACUCUGGGAUUUGUACUGAGAUCUUUAAGGAGGAAUCUGUUCUUCGUCAGAAGAAGGUCCACUGCUUUGUGCAUCUGAGUGUUCAAGAGUUCUUUGCUGCUCUCUAUGUGUUUUACUGCUAUGUAAACAAGAACAUGGAGGCACUGGAGUAUUUUCUGCAGAGAGAUACCAGAUACAAUGACUAUUAUUUUUCACAUGAGUUUGGGAAGUUGCUGAAGGGAGCUGUGGAUAAAUCUUUGGAGAGUAAGGAUGGACAUCUCGAUCUGUUUGUCCGCUUCCUUCAUGGCAUCUCACUGGAGUCCAACCAGAAACUCCUACAAGGCCUGCUGACACACACACAGAACAACCAGGAGAGCAUCAAGGAAAUAAGCCGUUACAUCAAAGGGUUAAAUAAAGAUGGUGUCCCACCUGAGAGAUGGAUCAAUCUACUGCACUGCCUGACCGAAAUGAAUGAUCACUCUCUCCAUAAAGAAAUUCAAGCUUUUGUCAAGUCUGAAAAUUACAGAACUAAACUCUCACUUGCACACUGCACAGCACUGGCCUACAUGUUUCUGAUGUCAGAGGAGGUGCUGGAUGAGUUUGACCUGAAGAAAUACAAGACAUCAGAUGAGGGUCGUAGGAGACUGCUCCCAGCUGUGAGGUGCUGCAGAAAAGCUCUACUCAGAGACUAUAAACUCACUCAGCAGUCCUGUGAAACUAUCGCCUCAGCUCUGAAGUCAGUGAACUGUCCCCUGAGAGAACUGGACCUGAGUAACACUGGUCUUCAGGAUUCAGGAGUGACGAUGCUCUGUGCCGCACUAAAGAAUCCAAACUGUCAACUGGAAACACUGAGACUCAGAGACUGUAACCUCACUCAGCAGUCCUGUGAAACUAUCGCCUCAGCUCUGACGUCAGUGAACUGUCCCCUGAGAGAACUGGACCUGAGUAACACUGGUCUUCAGGAUUCAGGAGUGACGAUGCUCUGUGCCGCACUAAAGAAUCCAAACUGUCAACUGGAAAUACUGAGACUUGUUCUCUGUAAACUCACUGAACAGUCCUGUUCAUCUAUAGCCUCAGUUCUACAGUCAGUAAACUGUCCCCUGAGAGAACUGGACCUGAGUAACAAUGACCUUCAGGAUUCAGGAGUGAAGUUUCUCUGUGUGGGACUGAAGAAUCCACACUGUAAACUGGAGAUACUGAGACUUGCUCUCUGUAAACUCACUGAACAGUCCUGUUCAUCUAUAGCCUCAGUUCUACAGUCAGUAAACUGUCCCCUGAGAGAACUGGACCUGAGUAACAAUGACCUUCAGGAUUCAGGAGUGAACUUUCUCUGUGUGGGACUGAAGAAUCCACGCUGUAAACUGGAGAUACUGAGGUUGUCUGGUUGUUUAGUGACAGAUGAAGGUUGUUCUUCUCUGGCUUCAGCUCUGAGUUCAAACCCCUCACACCUGAGAGAACUGGAUCUGAGCUACAAUCACCCAGGAGACUCAGGAGUGAAGCGUCUCUCCACACAGAUGAAUCAACACUGUCGACUCAAGUCAGUACAUGUGGACCAUGGUGGAGAAUUCAGGAUCAAACCAGGACUAAGAAAAUAUGCCUGUGAUCUCACACUGGACCCAAACACAGUAAACACACGACUCUCUCUGUCUGAGGGGAACAGAACGGUGACACUGGGAGAGAAUCAGUCGUAUCCUGAUCAUCCAGAGAGAUUUGAUGAGUAUUAUCAGGUCAUGUGUAGAGAGAGUCUGACUGGACGCUGUUACUGGGAGACUGAGAGGAGUGGAGAUAAUGUUGAUAUAUCAGUGACAUAUAAAGGAAUCAGGAGGAAAGGAAACAGUGAUGACUGUGGGUUUGGACUCAAUGAAAAGUCCUGGAGUCUGUGUUGCCAUGGUAACAGUUACUUUGCCCGUCACAAUAAACAGGAAACUGUCAUACCUCACCACCCCUCACACACACACAGAGUAGGAGUGUAUCUGGACUGGUCGUCUGGAACUGUGUCCUUCUACAGCGUCUCCUCUGACACACACACACUCACACACAUACACACAUUCCACUGCACAUUCACUGAACCGCUCUAUGCUGGGGCGCCGCCAUAUUGGGGCGUUACACUGCGCAUGUGUGCUAAUGGGACUCUGAGCGUGGAGCGGCACUAUGGCAACGGAGGAGGGGUCACACUAAGGUCACGCACGUCACUGUACAGGUGCACAGGCAUUGGAUCCUUUAUGCCAGGGGUCGCCAACGUGGUGCCCGUGGGCACCACAUCAGUCUAA